AUGGAGCUCGCGUGGCUGGCGGAGACCCCGCAAACCCGCCACCGGAAGCGGGCACUGCGCGCCUGUCCGCGGUGUCAACUGAAGAAGAAGCGCUGCCAUCAUCUAGAUCCAGAAACAACCCCCAAUCGGGCGCAGACGCGACCUGUCUCUCGGAGCUAUCGACAGCCCAGACCCAGCCCACCAUCCAUCCUCAACCGGCCUGCUGAUGAUGCCGUGGUGCAAGAUGCCCGGCCCAGCCCCACGUCUCCAGCGACGGAAGGGGGCAUGUCCCGGCCAGAGCGAUUUCUGGGUGCCAUGAAUCCCGAGUCGUUGAUGAGAGAGAAAAUCGACGCGGCCACGAAUGCGAAUCUCCUCCGUGAUCGCAUCGGGCUAUGGAUCACGUCACCAGAUACGAGCCAGAAUGGACCGCGCCCCAGGGAUGCCCAGAGCGCUGCUAUCUCGUCAUCGGCGGGAUUGCAAGCCAUCUCGUAUCAAUUACAACGGAAGCUCGAGUCGGCGAUGAACGCUUUCACCAACCUUCCAGCCUCCACUCGUCAUCAUCUGAUCCCCAUCUACCUAUCGAAGAUUAAUCACAUGCUGCCGAUAGUUGACCAAGAUAUCUUCCUCGCCGAUCACUCCGAGGGUCCAGUGUCGCCAUUUCUCGAAAGAGCAAUAUGCUUGGUGGCAGCAAAAGACAGAGCGGCUCUUCCGUACCUUCGUCUCGUGGAAGAUGGUCCUGUUUUGUCGUCGCGGGAAUUCUGCUCUAACAUUUAUCGUGGCCUCUCCGUUGUCAUCAACGAAGGGCUGGAGACAGACAGGAUCACCCGAAUCAGAGUGAUGGCUUUGAUGUCCCUACAUUGCGAGGACUCUGACGGUACCGAGACAGCAUCCAUGCACCUAUGCCAUGCGAUCCAUCAGGCUCAGACAGUGGGGUUGCAUCUCAUCCGACCCAGAAACACCGAUCAGGAUUUAUCGGGGCUCUUCUGGUGCCUAUGGACCCUGGACAAGAUCCAUGCCUGCAUUGGCGGUCGCCCGGUGCUUCUCUUGGACAGCGACAUCGGUGUCAAAAAGCCGGCUGCAGUAAGGAAUAACCAACCACGUCCCAGGACGGCGUUCGAGAUUUGGUUUGCGAUCUCCGAUUUAUUAUCGGACGUCAUACAUCUCUACCGACCGGCCGCAGACCCUGACAGUCGAUGGGAAAAGGGCUUCCCCAAUUUCCAUGAAAUCGUGGGUGGCAACGUCAACCAAUAUUUGGACAUUGCGACACUGGGUUUCUUGGAGCUAUUUUACAAUUCCGUCGGAAUUUUGUUUGCCAGAAAUCGCAGCGUGGAGCAUUCAGAAACGUCAAACUCGUCGCACAUCCGCCAGGAUCUGGCCGCCAUUCGGAUCCAGUCCAUCGUUGCCACAGAGUGCCCCGACGGCUUGUUGCCUCUUCCAAUUGUCCCGUACGCUUUGGGGCUAUCCAUGGGUGUUUCCUACCAGCAAUACAGAUCGACUAACCUGGUGACAAGCCUCACUCGCUGCAAAACCGACCUCGAAGCCCGCUGCGCGCUCAUGGAGACUAUCAGUCCCUACUGGUCCUCUGCCGACACAAUGGCACGCUUGGGACGAAAGGCACUGCACCAUAUCCAGGAGCGCACCCCCGGUUACCGUCCAAGUCUUUCCACACCCAUGCACGCGAUGCAGCCAAGGGGUCCAAUUUCAGCCCCGUCAUCCGAUCUUUCUCAGAGCAACCGUGCCCCAUUCAAUAAUUCAGCCCCCGCCGACCCUAUGCAGGGAUACCACGCGGAGGAUGUUGCUGAAUCGGAACAAGCUCAUCUGCAAGGCAUAAGUCUUGAUGGGUUUGCAGACAUUGAUACACUUUUUGGUGAUUUUCUGGAUCUUUCGUUGCCGCAUGGAUUCCUGGACUCUGCGAUCUUCACCCCCGAGCCUGCUGGACAAGGACAACCAUAA